AUGAUAGUUGCAACUUGGAAUGUGAGGGGCAUGCAGCAGCCCUGCAAACAUGCUGCAGUCGUCGACAUAAUCAGAUCAAAUGAAGUCGACGUCAUGGGUCUACUUGAGACCAAAAUGGAGGCGACUUGCCUUAAAUAUUUAUUGGAAAAUUACUUUCCAAAUUGGAAGUCAAUCAACAACUUCCAUGAUAUACCUGGUGGGCGAAUGUUGUUGCUUUGGAACCCGGAUACGGCGGAUGUGGUGCCGAUCAGUAUUGGUGAACAAACCAUCAACGCUAAAAUCAAGUGUUUAAUUUCCAAUAAUUUCUUUAACUUUUCGCUUGUAUAUGGUUUAUAUAGCCCAACUCAGCGUUUGCCAAUCUGGGAGUCGUUGAUCGAGUUUAUUGUAGAGGAGCAACCUGGCCUAGUCAGUGGAGAUCUGAAUUGCGUAAUGGCUCCAGAUGAAAGGGUCGGGGAUCGUUGCAAGCUAACUUGGACCAAUGGUACAAGAUUCAGCAAAAGUGACCGAGUCCUUGUCAAUGAAGCAUGGCACAAUAGUAACUACGUCGCUGCCACAGUGUUCCAGCCAACACGCUACCACUCGGACCACUCCCCAGCAAUCACCACUCUCUUUGGUGAACGGAUAUCAUUUCCGAAGCCAUUUAAGUUCUUCAACUUUUGGACUAAAUAUGCAGGUUAUGAUCCAUUGGUGAAGGAAAAAUGGCUUUCCAAUGUCAGAGGUGCGGCGCAAUUUGUAUUACCUGGAAGGGGAAAGGAGAUGAAGAAACAUCUCAAGGAGUUAAACUUCAAAGAAACAAGCCUUAUCUCCCAAAUAGCAACCGAUGCAACAACCAUGCUGGAAAGGCUACAACUUCAGCUGGAUACUGACACGAACAACGAACAACUUCAAACACAAGUCAAGGCUCUUAAGGUGGAGGCCGAAAUAUUUUGCCGAUGGGAAAUGCAAUUCUUCACUCAGAAAGCAAAGAACAAACAUCUCCUCUUGAGUGACCGUAACACCUCUUUCUUCCAUGGGCUGGCCAAGAGGAACAUCGCAAGGAACUACAUUGCCUUCCUAUGUAGCGAGGAUGGAUUAGUUAUCAAAGACCAGAUGGAGAUCAACCGGAAGUUUGUGGUCUACUACUCCAACCUUUUUGGAACCAAAAGGGCCGCCCAACCAAUUAACGUGGACAUCGUACAAAAUGGGUACAUGCUGAAUACCGAGGAGAGUUGGGACAUGAUCAAGAUUGUUACUGAUGAAGAGAUUAAGGAGGCCAUGUUUAGCAUUGGCGAUGACAAGGCGCCGGUGGGCGACGACGUUACCAAAGCAGUUAAAGAAUUCUUCAGGACUCGGAAACUUUUGAGGCGUAUCAACACCACAGUAGUGUCCCUCAUCCCUAAAACUUCAUCGAAUCCGAAAGUGAGAGACUACAGGCCAAUUCCUUGGUGCAAUGUGAUAUAUAAAGUGAUCACUAAGAUCAUAUCUAAGAGGAUCGGGCCCUCGCUUCUGAAGUUUGUGAACCAAGCUCAGUCGGCGUUCAUCCCUGGGCGCAACAUUAUGGACAAUGUCUACCUUGCACACGAACUUUUGAAGGGCUACAUGGUUAAAAGAUCUACUCCCCGGUUUGCUGUGAAGAUCGAUCUAAGAAAAGCUUACGACACAAUCAAUUAG